AUGGUCCGAGCCGUCGCACUCCUCCUCUUCGCCCUGCAGGCUGCUGUGGGAGUGCAGGAAGUCACAAACAACCCGCGCAAGUGGCUGCACCUCUUCCAAAAGUCGCUGCAAGUGGAAAGUGCGACCGAGGGCAACGUGCUCGAUCAAGGCCUUGGCCUACUCGCGACGCACGACUAUAACAGCACGGUCGCCUUUGGUAAAUUUCUCAGCAACGACGACCAGAAGGAGGACGUCAACGUGCUGCUCUCGAUCGAUAUCAAGCUCGGCGCUGCGGACGCGGCCUUGCUCGCGCCGUCGGACGAGGACAAUGCGUCGGAAGCUGUCGUUGACAUCAACGUUGCCGACUUUUACACACCGGAAGCAUACGAAAAAAUCAUCUCGGGGCCGUUCAUUGACCUGGAGCGCCUCACCGCGCACGUGGACAUUCGAUUUUGGUUUGUUGCCGACCCGCAGGCCAAGCUACCCAACCUCAAGGACCGAAAGAACCUUCCAGACCGGGUCUUUCAGUGCACUGGUGUCGACAUUGGUGCCGUCGAAAACUACGCCAACUUUGCGUGCCGACUCAAGAGCGCGGGUACAGAUGUGGCAGUGGAAGCCGAGGCGCCAACGAUGUUCGAAUCGACGGCCGUGACGGGACCGCUUGUCGGCGCCCUCUUUGGCAUCGUCAUGUUUGCGAUCGGGCUUCUCGGUGCCGUCAUGCUGCGCGACCGGCGCGACCGCCUCGCGGCCCGGGCGUCGGCGGUCGAGAUGAAGGACCAAACCAGUGACGUGCCAACGCACGUCGAUGUCGAGUUGGAAGCGGACUCGGCAAGUGUCGUGACCAUGUGAGCCGACGACGAUGCAUUUUCAAAUGAAGGCACGACGAGCCGUAGCAGCCUGACGUCGAUUCUAUCGAGGCGCUAGCUAAUAGCUAAUAUAAGACGAGUCGUG